AUGGCAGACGAUGUGCCAAGUGCAGACACUGCGUUCUGGCGCCAGUUUGAACGUGAUUACUAUGCACUUCUUGGUGUAUCACGUGAUGCAUCAAGUGAAAAGAUUCGCAGCUGUUUUAUGUCGUUAUCACGUGAAUUUCAUCCAGACCGCCAUCCUCGACGUUAUGGUAACGCAGCGCUCGUAGCAGCUGCUAAUGCACAAUAUGCGAUACUCGAUAGGGCUUAUAAGGUUCUUUGUGAUCCAAUCAAGCGACAUGUAUAUGAUAUUUAUGGUGAGAAGGGGGUACUUGCAUUGGAACAGAGUGGUGUUGCACAAGACCAUGCAUUAGGGGCUCAUAUCAAGUCAUCAGAUGAAUUACAACACUAUAUGGAAAAGAUCAUGCAGCGCAUGAAUCAGCAAGCUCUCGAAGCACAAUUUUCAUCUUUUAGUGAAAUGUCCAUGGCUGUCGAUGCAUCUGAUUUCGUGCAAGCACCAAUGCAGGGAAUGCGAAGUUUGUUUCACAGUGGAGCUCGAUUUGUGGAUUGCACAGAGAUGAGUAUUCAUCAACGUACAGUAUUUCCACUCUCACGAAGUACGACACUCACACUUGGAGGUUAUAUGUACGACAAGAAGGGACUGGGCAUGGGUAGUUUUACAGCGCAGUGGGCACACACGUCAUUCGACCCGAGUAUCCCGUCAUUCACUCUUACAAGUGAGCUUGGCUGGGCACCGAAGCUUAACUGCCAAAUUAGUCAACCAGUGUCACCGUACACAGUGUUCAUGCUCAUUUCAGAGCUUAAUGACAAUGGCCUCGACAUCUCGGUCGGUGCUAACCAACUACUGACGCCUCAGCUUCACGGUGCAAUGAUGUGGAGUACACGCGACGGUCUUUCUAGCUCGCUCAGCCAGGAUACGGGAACUUACAAUGCCACGGUGGCUGUUGCAGUGAAUGGUAAUGGACCCAACUUGACGUUUCAGUUUCGCCGUGCCCUCGCGGCUGCAAUGACGGGCAAACUUUCUUUACGAGCAAACCUUGCGACAGGAUUAUCGAUUGCGGCAGGAGCUAGUCGAGAAAUAUCAAACCGGACACGAUUGGGGUUGAACGUCUUACUUGCGCGCGCAGGUGUGACUCUACGUGUAGGCUUCACUCGCGGAAGUGUGCGCUUCGUAAUGCCUAUUUUCUUGUCUCCGUUCUCCGGACAGUCGGCAUUCUCUGCUUUUUGUGCGGCUACUUCGCCCUUUGUGGUGGCUGCAGUCGUCAAGCAGCUCGUGAGGCCUGCCCAAAAGCGCAAGCGUCGUCUGGAAGCAAAGCACCGGCAUGAUAUGCGUGUGCAGUAUCUCACAGUUGCGCGGCAGAAUGCACUGGAGCAGCAAAAGUUGAUGCUUCGCUGUGCGAAAGAGAAGAUGGAGCACGAGCAGCAACGAGAGGACGGCAAGGGGUUGGUGAUUUUACUGGGUCGGUACGGCAAGGAUCCGACGAAUCCUGACCAGCAUGAGGCUCGAGGAAAUGAUUUAGACAUGGCGCUACAAGCGAUGCGGGAGCACGAUCUGAACGACGAAGUUAGUGAUAAAGACGACGCUGACAGCGGUGAUAGUAUUGCACAGCAGGAGACAGACGCCGAGGUGCUAAAGCUGAGAUGGAUUGACGUUUCGGUUCCUCUUCAGUUCUUUGUCAAGGAUGGAGAACUGGUUCUGUCUUCUUCAUCAAAGGCCGGACUGCUAGGAUUUUACAACCCUUGCGUUGGUGAAGACGAAACCAUUGCUGACGCACGUUUGCUCUCAAGCUCUGCUACGAAGCCAUUGCUCUAUGUGCGUUAUGCGUAUGACGGUCUGGUGUUUGAAGCCACUUUUGACGAUGACCAAGCGGUUAGUUUGCCAUCGCGAUACGCCCGGGUCAUGGGCCGUGUAGGAAGUGUGUACUAG